GAACUCGAACUUGAAAAAAAUUCACAGGGGGUAAGCAAGCAUGGCUGUGGACAUGAGAUUACCUACCGUCCGGAAACAAAUAUCUCUGGCAGGUUCUAAUUCUAAUGCGGAUGGUAAACAUUUGGUUGUUCCUGGAGAUGUAAUCACAUCCGACACAGGGUUCAUGAGGGGUCACGGAACCUAUAUGGAUGACGAGAAGCUAACAGCUUCAGUGGCUGGGGAGGUUGAACGAGUCAACAAGCUAAUCUGUGUGAGACCGCUAAAAACAAGGUAUAAUGGUGAAGUUGGUGAUGUGAUAGUUGGUAGGAUCACAGAGGUGCAGCAGAAACGUUGGAAAGUGGAGACCAAUUCUCGAUUGGAUUCUGUAUUGCUUCUGUCCUCAGUCAACCUUCCAGGAGGAGAGUUGAGGAGGCGAUCUGCUGAGGAUGAGCUUACCAUGAGAGACUAUCUUCAAGAGGGAGACCUGAUAAGUGCAGAGGUACAGUCUGUAUUUUCAGAUGGUGCGCUCUCCCUUCACACACGCAGCUUGAAGUAUGGCAAGCUUGGACAGGGUGUAUUGGUGCAAGUGUCACCCUCUCUUGUGAAACGUCAAAAAACCCAUUUCCACAAUCUGCCAUGUGGGGCUUCCAUAAUUCUUGGCAACAAUGGCUUCCUUUGGCUGUACCCUACACCAGGGCAGCAAGAUGAAGAGGAAGGAGGGUACUACACAAGCCUGGAGCUUGUUCCUCUAUCAGAUCGAGAGGUCAUUUCUAGGCUGAGGAAUUGCUUAUUGGCCCUGGCAGCUCACAAAGUGCUACUCUAUGACACCAGUGUGCUUUAUUGCUAUGAAUCCUCCCUCUUAUACCAGAUCAAGGACAUCUUGAAACCGGAGACCAUGGAUGAAAUUGUAAUGGUGACAAGGCAACGACUGCUUGACCAAGAAGGCUAGAAUGUCAGUGACCAACAACGUGAAGCACCAGGGCUACUCAUCAUAGCUAUACCUUUCCUUUCUCUUGGUUUAAAACAGAAACCGCAUAAAGUAGUUUGUACAAGGCAAUACUCAACACUUUUAUGCUUGGCUAUGGAGGAACAUCACAUCUUUACUGAAAUCUUGUCCUGGUCACCUACUCUUAGUCAACUAUGUGGUUCAUCACUGCCUUAGUCUUCUCUAGAAGGUAAAAGUAGAACAGAUUCUUCACAUUCUGGAAGAUCUUCAAAGAACUUUCUCCCUGGCCACACAUUCCUUAUGCCCCUGGACCUUCUCCUGAAGAGUUUAUAGGUGCUCAGUGUUGAGGUUGGAAUGCCGCCCUUGGAAUUGUACCUUUACAUUAUUUUGGAUGCGUGUCUGAGCAGCAGACAUGGCUUACCUAAAACAAUUAGGCAAAGAUAAUGGUUACACAUGUAUUUUUAUAGAUUAAAUGAAAUGUGUUCAUUACUGGGAGUUUUUCAUGUUUUGACGUGUUAUACUGAAUUGAUGCUAGGAUCAGUAACCAUUUAUGAACUUUGAAUUCAAGCUUAUAUUUAGCUGUGUGAACCCCCUGUACAUUUGUAAACUGUUUUGAUGCUUUGAAACGUUUUGUAUGAACAAGCAUUGUUUUGUAUCUUUGUUCAGUAAAAUAGAGUGCAUUUGGCACACAGUGAA